AUGCCGCCCUGUGUUGGCCACUUCGACGACUACGCCCGGGUGGUGGAGGACAUGGAGGUGGACAACUUCGGGGUUUGGGGCGGGCGCCUGCUGCUGCGCCGCCUGGGCCUAGAGGAACCACCGCCGUCCUUCAGUGACAAGGCCGCCGCGCUGGUGCUUGCCCACAACGAGCAGCAGCUGGCCAGCUGGUGGCGAAGUGAGAAUCUGCUGCACCAGCGAGUUCUGAGCUUCGCAGAGGUCGACAUCACCAUCGGGGAUGCUCAGGUUUCAGGUGGUCGCUUCCAGCAGAAUGGCUACCAGGGCUGGCGGCCCAAAGAGGACUGGAUUCGUGCAACCACUUUGCCGUGCAACGCAUUGGUGGACCGGAGCUUGUGCAGCGAGAACCAGCUCUUGGCCAAGCUUUGCGAGGACAUCGCCCAGUUGUGCCCUAGCCAGGGGCAAUGGCCAGAUGCCCGCGGGGACCUGCAACUCUACGUCACUGGAGCUCCGUGCUUAUCCUGUGUGGGGGCCAUGUGGCAGUUUCACCUUCGCUUCCCGCAGGUACGCUUCCGCGUCAAGAUUGGCAAGGAGCUCACCUGCGACAUUUCUUUGCUAUC